AGCUCUUCCCCAAUUUAUUAUUCAACCAUUUUCUCCACACUGGAGCGCUUCAUUCUCCUGGGGCAAGCUUAACCUGGGCCUGGGGUUAAAGUUGUUUUGGUAUUUUCCCUUUACCUGAUUGCAGACUGUUUAUUAUCAGUCAGGUAAAGGUACAUUUGAUGUGACAAGAACUGUCAAACAGCGCCUCUCUGUGUUUGAAGUGUUCCGGAAUAGGAAUUUACGUGAAGCACUUGAAGGCAGCAGUGCUAUUAGUUAUUUUGCAUUCCAAAAUGACGGACCCGACAACGUCUCCUGAGGACCACUGGAAAACAGACGGCGCUUUCAGCGACGGUGGCUUUGACCCCAGUUUCUUCGCUGAAAGUGCUAGGAAGGGCACCGUCGUGUCCAGAGCCAACAGCAUCGGCUCAACAAGUGCUUCUUCAGUACCAAAUACAGACGAUGAAGACAGUGACUACAGGCAUGAGACAUCAUAUAAGGACUACAAGAAGGAUCGACGGAGACAGGCCCACACACAAGCAGAGCAAAAGCGUAGGGAUGCCAUCAAGAAAGGAUAUGAUGACCUCCAAUCAAUUGUACCGACCUGCCAGCAGCAGUCUGAAUUUGCAGUGGGCGCCCAGAAGAUCAGCAAGGCUACUAUACUGCAGAAAACAAUUGACUACAUCCAUUUUCUUCAUAAAGAAAAGAAGAAGCAAGAGGAGGAUGUUUCCGUCCUAAGGAAAGAAGUGAUGGCACUUAAGAUCAUGAAAACAAACUAUGAGCACAUCGUGAAGGCCCACCAGAACAACCCCCAGCAGGGAGAGGACCAGGUGUCCGACCAGGUCAAAUUCAACAUUUUUCAGAGCAUCAUGGACUCCCUUUUCCAGUCUUUCAGCAACUCUGUUUCAAUGAGCAGCUUUCAAGAAUUGUCAGCCUGCGUUUUUAGCUGGAUUGAGGAGCACUGUAAGCCACAGACGCUGCGAGAAUUUGUCGUCGGAGUGCUCCGGCAGCUCAACGGUCAGCUUUAUUGAUUGAGGGAAACCUCAGGUUAACUCCCAGAAAUUGACUUUGGGUUUACUCUGGCUUCUCAGUGUGGAGUAAAAACAUCAAUCAGCCUCAGGCCAUGCCCCAGUAUUUACACUCACUUCAACUCAUCAGUGACUCCCUGGCUGCAAUUGGAUUACCUCGUCAUUGAGCAGUUAGUAUCAUUUGCUGAUCUCUUUUUGAUUCUAAGUGUACAUAUGCAGCUGUACAUAGAUAGCUGAGUGUGUUUCAGCUCCGUCUGACUGUUAUUCUUCAGGGAAAACACAAGAGUAAAUGAAAUAAAUUUGAAUACAACAGGCAGGCAGAAUGGUGUGAUGUACAUCUAGGUGAAGUCAGUAUCUGCAAUAACUAGUUGCCUUUUUGAGAUAAAUCAAAAUCAUAAUCAGUGUGGUCUCAUAAGCAAGACUCUUCUCACUGAUGUUAUUCCUUCUGCUGCCUGUCUGCUCAACGAAUGGACUUAAAGAGUCUACAUCUUGUCCUCUGUCACAUUAAGCAUAAAUUUGUAGCCUAAUGUUGAACUAAAGGGCUCCUCUCAACCUCAGUGCACAAACAUUCAGUCACUCCUGAGCCAUAGAAGAUAAUAGAAAAUAUUCCAUUACUGCACAAUAACAAUCACUUCGUCUAUCAUAAGCACACUAUAUGAUGCUUCUUAAGUAGCUUUGUUGUGGCUGAGCGUGAGAUUUAUAUAAAUGCAGCUGUGACAAGUAGACAAAGAUGCUGAAUUGUGUUACGUGACAUGCAGCAUUAAGGUCCAAUCGUUGUGCGUGGGUGUCACACAGACAGGCAAAUGACAAACUAAAGGAAGAACUGAAGUGAUUGAAGAAACAAGAAAUGCUUGGUUGGAUGUGGUCGUGCUGCAUGGUUCAAUUAGGUAGUUAACAUCCCGUCAUGCUCUGUGCAGUGUAUAGAAUGCUGAACAGGAGCAGGAGCUUGAGUCACAAUGACUACUUACACUGCUCGUGUUUCAAUAGGAACAGUGACUAAAGUGAUAUCUACGUUAAGAUCUAUCACAAAGUGUGGUUGAGUCGGGCACAUUUGAUGAUCAUGAUGCACAUGCAGUGGUACAGUAUGUAAGGGGAAAAACAAAAGAGCAACUCAGGUGAAGGAACGUCAGUGUAGGAUGUGAUCAGACCGUCAGCAAGAAGAGUCUGUUGAUUAUUACAUAGAGAAAGACAUAACUGUAGGGCUGAAGUGCUUAAACACCUCUUUAGAAAGAUAAAUGCCAAUUUGAGAGCAUUCAAUGGGGCACUGCUCUACAAACGUGGACAAAGUGAUCUGGUUAGAUGAGUCAUCCUUUAUAUUUUGUGUGUGGCAGAGAGGCGCAGUGCAGGUCAGGAGCUGUUGGGGUCAUUUCACUGGCAUGGUGUAGGCUCACUGCAAAUCAGUGCAAAGUGGUUCCAGUUAUUGUUAUUCUAUGAUGAAACUUUUCUAUACUGACGGGAAUGGUCUGUUCCAGGGUGACAGAGCUCCCGUCCAUAGUGCACUAGAGGUCACGGAAUGGUACGAGGAGGUUAAAAAUGAUGCCAUUCAUAUGCUGUGGCCUUUGCAGUCAUCAGAUCUCAACACAAUUGAACAUCUAUGGCAUAUUUUGGACUUAAGUGUAAGAUAGCACUCUCCACCACCACCAUCAUCACAACACCAAACAAAGGGAAUAUCUUUUGAAAGAAUCGUGUUUUACCCCUCCAGUGGCGUUCUAGAGACUUUAAAAAAUAAUGCCAAGGCACUUUGAAGCUGUUCCACUGUGCCGGUAUAUAUAAUAUAUAAUAUAUAUUUAAAAUGUUAAGUACAACGUGUUGAUUUCAAUUAAAAUUUCAGAUUGUAAUUUUUUUUUGUUGUUUAGUUUUUAGUUGUUUUUUUUUUUUUUACAGAGCGACUUCACUUGAGAUUUCACUGAUGUUUAUGUCAUCAUAAAUGCGGUUUACUUUUGUUGUCUGUGGCUUUUAUAAUCCGUUACAGUUCAUUUCAUACAGUGCAACUGUCACGACCUCUAGACACCAUCAAUCGAGACUGCACAUCUUACGGGUUUCUGAUGUGAACCACGGAGGUAUAUAGCUUUUCUGUACUGAAAUAAAAUAAACACUGUUGUGGCUUUAA